GUGUUCACGGGUUGUGCGACACAACGAUUAUCUGGUGACGGAGAUUGAGAUAGAAGAUGGUAGGUUUUUCCGAUCCCAAACAGAGAAUGAUGGCCAUCUCAAGGGUCCUCGACAUUCCUGACGGGCCACGGCGCCACUGCGGUUGACACACGACGAACUGUCGUCUUAGUAUGACCUGCAUUUCGUUCUGAGUAUUGAGAACGACACAGCUCCGCGGACCAUCUUGCGAAUAUCAGACGAAAUCGAGCAUGUGUUCGAUACCGUAACAGCCACAGGCUACGUGGGUGCUGUCCAGACUUGGUGCCAUGACUGGCAUGUGGCCUACCAUCUGCACUUACUCGCAUCGAUAUCGAUGGCGACGGGAUUCGCCAGCAGCAAGGCCUGCUGCCGACAUCGAGCUUGGCACUCCCUUCACGAACCCCAACAAGGUAGAUUCCGGCAUGUCGAUCAGCGGUCUGACCCUUUUGAGCGAAGACCGGGCUGAUGGAAAAAGAGUCAAUUCAGGACUUGAAGAGUCAAUUCACCUGAGGCUGGACCUUGGAGACGGUGUGUACGUUAAGCCGCUUAACUAUGGGACUUUCUCUCGCUGGAGCGCAGUUAGAGAGCUGAUGGUGGACAUGAAAAAAGACGGCAUCAUCGUCGAAGAUCUGUGGGAUGAAGCCGAGGGGAUGAGAGUCUGCGGUAGUGACUGGGAUGCUCGUGUACGCCCAGGCUGGAACCUGCAGAUGCGAUGCCAAAAAGUGGAGGCGUCUCUGGAGGAGAGUGGGUCUGAAUAUGAUAGCGACAGCGAAGAUACCGAGGAUGAGGGCGAGGCCUGGAUCGUCGAUGUGAUCGACCAGUAUCAAGAAGAGUGGUGCCUUCCAAGGUGGAGAGACAGAGUCGAGCAAGAUGUGUCGACAAGAAAGCGUGCAGAAGAACCGUCCUUGAUGGCGCUUGGCCUAGGCUGCGUAUCGAUUGUCUUCUUCAUUGUGGCGAUUGUUGUAUACACAGCCUGAUCCCGGAUCGUGUAAAGUUGGAGUCUGCGAGGAAGUCAGCACGAGGAGAGACGAGAGACGAGACGAGACGAAUGU